AAGCGGAUGGUUCGCCUAUCUGGUUCGUGGCCAUGGCGCCUUCUCUUGGAAUCUGAAAGGCUGAAAGGCAGGAGCGGAUAAGUCCCCCAAGUCGAGAAUAAAGACGGGAAUGGGAUGGGAGAAGAGAGAGAGGAGAGGAUGUAGGGGUUUUGGGAUGAUGUCGAGGAUGGGAAAAGAGCCAGCGAGGACAAGUCAAGAGGCAAGCUGGGAGGCGGAAAAAUGACGUCGAUCGUUUUUUUUAUUGGUGCAGGCGCUUCGCUCUCUUCGCAGACAAAAAAGAACCCUCGACUGAUCAGCACGAAGACUAAUAGACACCAUGGAGAACCAGGACCAUUCCUCAUCGCCACUAGCACUCAGCACAGGAGUAACAGCGCCAGUAGGACCAGCAGGACUAGCAGGGCCACCGGGGGAAAGGGCAGCGAAACCACUAAGGAACCCCUGCAACCUAUGCCAGUGCGUCCGUGCUAUCCUCAAACGACCAAAGACUGGGCAGCAGCUAUGCAAGGAGUGCUUCUUUCAUGUCUUCGAGACUGAGAUCCACAACACGAUCGUCGACAACAAGCUCUUCAACAAAGGUGACAGAGUCGCCAUUGGUGCCAGCGGAGGAAAAGAUUCUACGGUCCUGGCGUAUGUCAUGAAGUUGCUUAACGACAGAUAUUCCUAUGGCCUCGACUUGGUACUACUCUCGAUCGACGAAGGCAUUACUGGAUACAGGGAUGACUCGUUGGAGACCGUCAAAAGGAAUAGGGACCAAUACCAAAUUCCUCUAUUGAUCGUCAGCUAUAAGGAUCUCUAUGGAUGGAGCAUGGAUGACAUUGUCAAGGAAAUCGGUCGCAAGAACAACUGCACGUUUUGUGGCGUCUUCCGUCGCCAGGCAUUGGAUCGAGGCGCCAUCAUGCUGAAUGUGGACCAUAUUGUGACAGGACACAACGCGGAUGACAUUGCAGAGACCGUCCUGAUGAACAUCCUACGUGGAGAUCUUCCACGCCUUCAGAGAUGCACUUCGAUCAUUACGAACGACUCUUCAGAGGACUCUUCAGAAAUUGAGACUUCAAAGAUCCUGCGAUCCAAGCCGUUCAAAUACACAUACGAAAAGGAGAUCGUCAUGUAUGCAUACUUCAAGAAGCUGGACUACUUUUCAACAGAGUGCAUCUAUUCGCCCAACGCCUACCGUGGUUACGCACGUGUGUUCCUCAAGGAUCUGGAAGCCAUUCGCCGGACAGCCAUCGUUGACAUUAUCCAUUCUGGAGAGGCACUCUCGGCCUCCGUGCAGGCAAACGAAUCAACAAAGUUGCCCACCAUGUCGAAUUGUACACGGUGCGGAUACAUUUCUUCAAACGAGCUGUGUAAGGCAUGUUUACUCCUCGAAGGCCUGAACAAGGGACUACCGCAGCUUGGUAUCGGGCACACAACUAAAAUUAGAAGAAUGCAUGAGUCUGCAAGCUUGUCACCGGGACCUUCUUCAUCGUCGUCACCAUCGUUAUCCACGAAUUGCACUCCGCAGGGUACUUCCCCUGCACCCAUACCAGAGGAGAAGCGCAAGAUCGUGACACACAUCAAAGACCUGAGUAGGCUAGAGAACAUGCCAACGUUAGAUGCUGUAUGAAAUGGUUGAUAAACAAAGCAACGCCGCUUCAACAGAAAAUAUGAUUUAUAUUGCUCCUGAAGAUGGUAUUCACCUGUUUGAUCUACAAGAAAGGCGCUUCUGUCCGCGCCCGCCGAUCAAGAAAUGAACUCGCAGAACACCAGAACCUCGACAAUCACAAUUUUUUCUCUCUU